AGGAUGAACCUCACAAAAAUGUUACUCCAUUCCCCUUCUUCCACCUCAAUCCCUCUAACACCAUCCAUCUCUCGAUGUUUUCCGUACAAUCAACCGUCGUGCUCCUCCCAUCGCCGCCUCAACGUCAAAUCCAUGGCCAAACAAACCGGCGAAGAAGUUUCCACUAAUGGGAUUGCCGAGAAACUGGCAAUUGCCGGUGGUUUAAUCGCCACACCAGUCAUUGGGUGGUCUCUCUACACCCUGAAGACCAGCGGCUGCGGCCUUCCGCCUGGGCCUGCCGGAUCCAUCGGUGCGUUGGAAGGUGUGAGCUACUUGGCGGUGGUGGGGAUUGUGGGUUGGUCUUUGUAUACGAAAUCGAAAACCGGGUCGGGUCUACCAAAUGGACCGUUUGGGUUGUUGGGUGCUGUUGAAGGAUUGUCGUACUUGUCGUUGGUGGCGAUCUUGGUGGUGUUUGGGUUGCAAUUUUAUCAACAGGGUUCGCUGCCUGGUCCGGUUCCGGUUCCCGGCGACCAGUGCUUUGGUUGACCGAUCCUUCGAUGGUCAAUCCCUAUGCAUUUAUUGUUGUAUAUCUAUUUCAGCCUGUAACGAUGGUUUUUCCACAAAAUUUUAUAAAUAUAUAUAAUAAAU